UGAUGCGUCAACACACAUCACACGUCAACACAAGAAAUGACAAGUUGCUUACUGUGGCUAAAUGGUUCGUAUUACAUUCCUGCAUCCUGAUUUGGGAGUCGGCGGUGCUGAGCGGUUAGUUGUUGAUGCGGCACUUGCAUUAAAAAACAAAGGUCACGAAGUAAAAUUUGUAACAAGUCAUCAUGAUCCUGAUCACUGUUUCAUUGAAACAAAAGACGGCACAAUACCUGUCACAGUUUACGGUGAUUGGUUACCGAGAAAUAUUUUUGGAAAGUUCUUUGCAGCGUGUGCUUACAUUCGUAUGAUAUAUGCAGCUUUGUGCAUAAUAUUUCUAGAAGAACUUCCAGAAAUAGUUUUCUGUGAUAUAGUAUCUGUCUGCAUUCCCAUACUCAGACUACGGAUUCCACAUGUCCUAUUUUACUGUCAUUUUCCGGAUCAACUGCUUUCAAGCCGCGGAGGUCAAUGGAAAUCUAUUUACCGAGCGGUUCUCAAUUUUAUGGAAGAAUUUACGACUGGAAGAGCUCACAAAGUUUUGGUGAACAGUCGCUUCACACAAGAAGUGUUUAAAAAGACAUUCAAGAGACUAAAUAUCCAAACAGAAGUUUUAUACCCUUCAGUCAAUACAGAUUAUUUUGACAAAGCACGGAUUUUACCUCUGGAAAGGGCACUGGAUAGGAAGCUUCCUGAUAAUAGUUGCAUAUUACUCUCGAUUAAUCGAUACGAACGUAAAAAGAACUUAUCCCUCUGUAUAGAGGCUCUUGCUCAACUCAAAAACACUCUCAGCGAUGAGGAAUAUGAGAAGAUUUACUUGAUCAUGGCUGGAGGAUAUGAUAAACGAGUGGAAGAGAAUGUUGAACAUCAUUUAGAAUUAAUUGGCCUUGCUGAUGAACUUCAGGUAACGGAGAAGAUCAUUUUUCUGAGAUCUCCAUCGGAUUUAGAUAAGGUUUCGAUCUUGAAUCACUCUGAUAUUGUAAUAUAUACUCCACCAAAUGAGCAUUUUGGAAUUGUACCACUUGAAGCGAUGUACGUCGGUAAACCAGUAGUUGCCCAAAAUUCAGGAGGCCCUACAGAGUCUGUGGAAAAUUCUGUAACUGGAUUCCUAGCAGAGCCGAGCGCUCAAGAUUUUGCUGACAAGAUAGCUAGUUUGGUUAGAGAUAAGGAAAUGAGAAUUCAAUUCGGUAAAGCUGGAAGGGAGAGAUUCAUGAAGAAUUUCAGUUUCGAGGCUUUUAGUACGCAACUGAAUGCUACAGUAGAGAAUUUGUUGGAAAAUAAUAAAGCGAAGUAAUGAUGUUAUAAA